UAGGUCUAUGAUCAGUGAAAACUGUGAAAGAGCAUGCCUCCCUCUGCGGCCUGACGUGCCUAAUGGCUUCAUACACAGCUAACAGUUCUCUGUCAUAGAUACUCCACUUAGUUUGCGACUCUGACAGCAUGCAGGAAAAGAAACCAAGCAUUUGCCAUGUAGCUCCUAUCUUGUGGCCAAGAAGUGCCCCAGCUAUUGCCCGAUUAGAAUCUACCACAGUGGUGAGUGGCACAAAGUGGUCAGGCUGCACUGAAAAAACACAUCUCUUAAACUGGAUUUGAUAUUUCGAAACACCUGUAACAUUUUGAGAGUCCAAGUGAAGGUGCAUAAUCUUGUUGAAUCCAGUUCGACAAAGCAGCAGUGAGGACUGCACGUGAGGCCAUUGUGUGAGGAAUAUGGCAUCUAUGUCCCUUUACGCCCCUAUCCCCACGAUCGAGAGGCUCUGGUACGACUUCAUACAUUUUGUUCCCUGAAGCUAGUAUGUAGUUGCAGCCGGAAACGAACGAUUAUGAGGGCUACUUUGGUUCAUGUAGUACCGCCGAACGCCACUAGAUCGCAGCUCCGUCCACUCUGCUGUUUUGGCGGGCUUUUUUGUCUUCCAGUGUCGUUGCGUGGCGUGUAGCGGCUUUGUCUUGUCUGUAGCAGUUGUGUUUGCAUGUGAUUCUGAGGAUUUGUUUGGAUUCAGUCUGUUUCUAGACAUCUCAAAGAAUUUUUAUAUUAUCGGAAUAUCCAUUUUUCGUGAUUAUUGUGGCUGUGGUGCUCAAAAGUGUCUCCACCAUCACAAUCGUGAGGGUUAGGCGUUGCUGCAGUUUUCACUUAUUGAGAUAAUGAAGGGACUUACUGAGGAAGAUAUUUUGAAGUUGCUUCAUGCAUCAGACUUAGAAGUAAAUGAUGAAGACGAUUCUGAAAAUUUGUUUGUGCCAGAAAAUAUUGAUGCUUCGAGUUCUGAUUCUGAUACAGAUGAAAUACCAGUUCAAACUGCAUCAGAAUCGUCAAGGAAUAAUAAUCAACUCAAAGCAGACGCUCUCAAUCCUCCACAAGUUAUAAAGAAGAAAAACCUAUCAGGCAGAAAAUAUCUGCAGAAGAAGAAAUUAUUUAAAGCUAAGCAUCACCCAGGACCAUCGGACUUUCUAGAAUUCAGAUCCAUUGCGUACUCCUCUUCAGUAUUUUACCACAUAUUUUACAGAUGAAUUCUUUAACACUGCUGAAGAGCAUACAAGUCAGUAUACUGUGUGGAAGCAUGGAAAAAACAUUAAAACAGAUGCGACAGAACUUAAGAAAUUUAUAGCUGUCAACCUGAUUAUGGGUUGCAUCAAACUUCCUCGACUGAGAUUAUACUGAAGCACUGAGUAUGGCUAUACUCCAGUUUCGAGAAUCAUGUCAAGAGCUAGGUUUGUGGCACUCAGAAAUGCUUUUCACAUGGUUGAUGCUUCCUCUGCCCCAGGUAAUAAUAAUAAAGUGUGGAAAGUACUGCCAGUUCUUGAUGCAGUAAGAAAUGUGUGUCUGAGCCUUCCAUGGGGUCAUGUUACUUAUUCAGUUGAUGAACAAAUGAUACAAUUUACGGGUUGCUGCCCACUGAGGCAGUUUGUAAAAAACAAACCUCAGCCAGUUGGAUUAAAGAACUUUGUACUUACUACAUCAGCUGGUCUUGUAUUAGACUAUGAAAUAUAUCAAGCUGAUGCAACUCCUCUACAGACUAAGGAGUUUGGAUUAGGCCCUUCUGUGAUGUUAAGAUUGGCACAAACUUUACCUCAAGAAAGCUUCAUCUACUUUGAUAGAUAUUUUACAUCAUUGUCUUUACUGGAGAAAUUGACUGAAAUGAAACUCUAUGGAAGUGGAACAAUAAUGGCCAACAGACUAAAGGGCUUGCCUCUCAGUGAUGCAAGCAAGGUGGUUCGUGGACAGAGUAUAGAACAUGUUGCUGAAAACUGUGAUUUAGUAGUUGUAGAGUGGAAAGACAGCAACAAAGUAAUCAUGGCUUCAAACUGCUGUGGCUCCACACUGACUGAGCCUGUGCAACAUUGGUCCAAAAUUGAUAACAAACACGUUGAAGUCGAUUGUCCUUCUGUGGUGCACAAAUAUAAUCAAAACAUGGGUGGAGUUGACGUUUGUGCCCAGCAGAUGGAAUGCUACAGAGCCUGGUUCAGAAGUAUGAAAUGGGCAUGGAAAGCAAUUUUGCACUUUGUGGACCUUGCUGUGUUAAAUGCAUGGAACCAAUACAUGAGAAGCAUCAAAGGAAAUAAUAUUCCAAGAAAAGAACAGAAAGAUUUGCUACACUUCAAAUUAUAGGUAGCAGAAGGACUGCUUGCAGUUCCACCUGAGGAUAGAAGGGUGUUAAGUGAGACUGAACAAGAAGGAGACGCACUUCCUGCGGCCAAAAGGUCUAAAUUCUUUAAUCAACCUGUAAAGCUUCCAUGCAGUGACAAGCGCUAUGAUGGAUAUGAACAUUUUCCAAUUUCUGAUGAUAUUCCAGCACCACACACUUGCAGAUACGAGCCAUGCAAAAGUCGCAGCAAAAUGUGGUGCGAAAAGUGUAAUAUAUAGUUAUGCCUGUCAAAGGACAAGAGAUGUUUUAAGGACUUUCAUGUUCCUCCCAAACAGAAACAAAGAAGACAAACGUUCAUUU